AUGUCAGACGUCAACUGGACUCUUGAGGAGAAUGGAGCUCACAUCGCCGAGGUAUCUCACGAGGCGGUGCACGUCGCCAGCAUCGCCUCCAACCUGCUGAAGCUCCGCGAGGACCAGCUUUGGAUCACCGGCGACGCCCCGCAACACGUGACGGUGUCUCUCUCCCCAUCCCAUCCGCCGCUGCAGUACGCCGGGUGGCAUGUGUGGCACGACUACCUUACCAAUCCCCACUUGGUUGAGAUCGCCUCUGGUGCAUCGCCAGACACGAUGCGCGCCCUCCUUGUGUGCCAAGCACUACCCGGGGCUGGUACUCAGGUGUGGAAGCUUCCGCAUGCAAUCCCGCAAGACCACCAAUACGUGCGCUUCAGGAUUAUGAGCACCUUCGGCCCAGGCCCGACGUACAUGAACAACAUCGUGCUACUGGAGAACGACCCUGGCCCGAACUACAACGCGUACGGACAACUAGUAGAAGACUCUGCGACUACAGCGGAUGACGUUCUUCAUGGAGAAUCUGCUGCUCGGCACCCAUCUGCUGCUACAGCGUUGCCCUACACGUCACCUCCGACAUCCGUCUUGCGACCACCUGGUUCCGGUGGCGGCGUGGACAGAAGCCCUCUACCGCGGCGGGUCCCACCGACGUCGGUGCUGCCUGGCGCCUCUCCCAUCUCCACCGCAAACCCGCGCGACGAUCGUUCAGCGGAUGUCGGGGUGCUCAUUGCCCUCGGGCCGUCUGCGUCAGCGCACCACGGUGAGCGCGCGAACGGCGGCGCUGGCGGUCGCUCGCCGGGAGGAGCUCGCAGCAGCAGCCGCAUGAGUCAACUGCUCCGUGACCUCGAUGACGACAUCAAGAUGCUGAAGCCGAUCAAGAUCGUCAGUCCAAGAAAGAAGACACUCUUGUGCGUGCCCCAGGACUCGCACGCAAAGUCGGCGGAGAGCGGGAGCGAGGAUGAUGACUUUGAAGCCCGGCAGGGCGGCGGCAAUCGCGAAAGGAGCGCCAAUGGUAAGGUCCACCACAGCGGCGAGAACGAGUCUAGCGAACAUCGUCGCCACCACCGGCAUCACCGUCGCAGCAGUAGUCGCCGCCGGAAUUUCAGUGGCCGCGAGGAGCGUAGCGGCAACAGCAGCUCUGCGCAGCUGGAGGGCAGCCAUGCACCCCAGUCGGUGCCGAUGGGCGCCAAGCAAAUGGCUUUGGCAGUUUGGCCGCCGCCGGCUGUACCUCCCUCCCCCGUAGAGCUCAGCUCCCUGCACGGCGAGCGAUUCAGUGCACUGGAGCAGGCAGUUGCGGUGCUGCACGCGACGGUGCAGCACCAGCGCGAUGAUCUCAGUAUGAUCAAGCGUGUGCUGCUGCAACAGGCAACAGAGCGCCGCAAGGAGGCGGAGCAGCGGUACGAGGAAAAGCAGAAGAUGGGCACCGUCGCCGUUGCGCUCCCAGCGGCACUGGCUGCACCGCCCGCUGCACCUUCGCCGACCGUCGCCACCGACGUCAAGGCCCCCGUGUUACAGAUAGCUGCACCAGAUCAGCGACUGACGCACCGCAGCAUCACGGUCGGCUUUCCUGAAGACGCGUUACGCGCCUAUGUCGAGUCCGUGUUAGACCACAAGCUGCGCAAGCAGAUGAAAAAGGUCGAGGCAACGUUGCUGCAGCGGUUGGACAAGCAGCUGCAUGAUGUGAUCAAGGUUCUCUCCGUCACCAUUGAAGGCCGGUUGGCUGGACUGGCACCGCCAAGCGCGACGGCGCAACAGCAGGCAGCGCCAUCACACCGACCCUUCUAUGCGGGGCGCGCGACGCCGACUCAAGCUGGUGGCCUGCCGACAGCCUCGUCCUCUGCUGUGCGCGAGAUACCCCGCAGCUCCGCCAUGGGGGGCGGCACCGGAAUCGAUCCUAGCGAUGCCGCUUCCUCUCCCAGUUCAUCGAAAGGGUAUUACUAUCACACGCCGCUAACGCGCGCUGGCUCAAGCGCGAGAGGGCUGGCGGGGGGCUCCACUGCCGCCGCUACCGCAGCGUUUCCGGUGUCUUAUUUGGCCAUGCGCAACUCGCCGAACGCCUAUCGUGCCACCACUGGCGCACCACCUGUCUCCAUCACCAAGGGCCGCUUCUUUUGA